AUGAAUUCCAAUUCAUAUAUACCGGUCUCAAACUUUGUAGACCUUCUAAAUAGUCAACAAGAGACUGUCUUUGGCUUUGUUCAAGAGAGUGGUGAAGUUUCUUCCUCCCAAGUCCCUCUCUUUAGCAGUCAAGCAACGGAAGCAGAGACUACUGGAGAGCGUAAGGAAAGGAGGUCUUGGACGCCUGUAGAUGAUGUUGCUCUCAUUAGCGCUUGGAUUAACACAAGCAAAGACCCGGUUGUAGGCAACGAGCAAAGAGUCGGUUCUGGUGCUGAACCGAGAGAGUCAUCGCAUUGUAAGAACCGGUGGCAGAAGAUCAAUGACCAAGUGAACAAAUUCUGUGGGGCUUAUGACUCUGCAAAAAGAGAGAAGAGUAGUGGCCAAAAUGAGAACGAUGUUCUCAAACUUGCGCAUGAGAUCUUCUACAACAACCACAAAAAGAAGUUCACUCUUGAGCAUGCAUGGAAGGAGUUGCGGAAUGACCAGAAAUGGUGUGAAUUGUCAGCAGCUAAAACCGCAGGAAGCAGUAAAAAGAGGAAGUGUGAUGAGAGUGCACAAUCAUCGAGCUCAUACGCAUUUGAAACCAUCACUGGUGAAGAAGAGCAAGCCACCAUUCGUCCCCCGGAUGUUAAGGCUUCAAAAGGCUUUGGUAAGAAGACGAUGGCAUAG